AAAUGAACCCAUCUCUCUUAAGAGUCUCGCCCAAAAUCCUAACAAGCAAAAACUUCCUAAGACUAAUAUCAGAUAGACCAUAUUCCGAUGGAAAUUACAAGAAAAAUAAUCCGAUAAACAAAAUUGCAUUUGUUGGAGGUUUGGGAAUGGCCACAGCUCUAUUUGCCUCUUAUGCUUUCAUGAAAAAUAAACACAAACAGGAAGCCACCGAUAUGAAAAUUAGCAAAAAUAUCGUUCCCGACCCGAAUACCCUCUUCAAAAACCCAGUCGAUUUGGAAGAAGGCAAUCCAAAGGAAGACCACUUGAGAGAGCAAUACAAUUUUAUCAAAAAAGUCGUAAACGAUUGCGCCGGAGCGGUUUUCUACUUGGAAAUCAGAGACCCAUCGUUGAAAGAUCCAGAAACUGGAAACUCUGUAGUAACUUCAAAUGGUUCAGGUUUUAUUAUAAGCGAAGACGGUUGGGCUUUGACUAACGCUCACGUUGUAAUCAAUAAACCACAAACUAUCGUUACUGCAGUAAUGCGUGACGGCAGGAGUUUUAAUGUUAAAGUUGAAGAUGCAGAUAUGAACAUUGAUUUAGCUUUGCUGAAGCUGGAAACCAAUGAAAAAUUGCCUAGUUUACAGUUUGGAGCUGUUGGUGAUACAGCUGUAGGCGAAUGGGUUGUUGCUCUAGGAAGCCCUUUGUCUUUGAGCAACUCGGUGACUGUAGGAAUUGUUAGUAGCAUCGAUAGACCAGCAGAAGAAUUAGGUUUGAAGAAUUACUCGAUGACUUAUAUUCAAACUGAUGCGAGUAUUACUUUUGGGAAUUCUGGUGGACCUCUGGUUAACUUGGAUGGGGAUGUUAUUGGGAUUAAUAAUUUGAGGUUGACUUCAGGGAUUUCGUUUGCUAUACCUGUUGAAUUUGUUAAAAAGUUUCUACAAAACUCGAAAUAUCGUCUAGUAAAAUCACCAGGACGCAAGACAAGCAAACCCGUUUUCGGAUUGACCACUAUUACAAUAACUCCUGACUUGUUAGUCGAACUGCAUAAAGAAAACGAAAAUAUACCUAAAGAGCUCACGCAUGGGCUGUUGGUUUGGAAAAUUAUACCAGGAACUCCGGCUCAAAUGAGCGGUUUGGAAGUAGGAGACAUAAUAACUCACGUUAAUGGCAUUCCCGUGCAAAAGCCGGUGGAAUUGUACAAUUUUACUUCUUCGAAGAACGUCGUAGAGAUUCGGAUAAUCAACAGAGGAAAAAAGAAAAAUGUCUUUCUUAAUGUGGAAUGAAUAAAAUUACCUUCCUUGUCCUUGUUUUUGUCAAAGUUUUGAGAAACUACAAUGAGAAUAAUAAAAUGUUCUAUUUUUAUUUUAUUUUUUCACAAAUCCUAGUUAUUCGUGUUACUUUUCAUUUUUAAAAUUGACACAUACACCUCUAUCUAGGAAAACUCCUGGAAUUUGC